AUGGCGCCGAGGGUGUUGAUGGUGAGAACUCGGCCGCUUCUUCCUUUCGGUCUCUGCUGUCGCCUUCUCAUCCUUUGCCUUUUUUUCUUGUCUUUUGUCGCAGGUCGCGGAGAAGCCCAGCAUCGCGCUUUCUGUGGCCACUGUCCUCUCCGGCGGUCGUGUAUGCUUCUGUCACUGUCGUCGUGUUGUCUAGUUGUGGUUGAUACAACCUUAGUUCAUUUUACGCUGGAUGCAUAUAAGAGAAAAUGGUUCACCGGUGCUGAAAUCCGAUAUGAAUUCCCGACGGAUACAGAGAAGAACGACAGGUGACAACUACUAGUGAAAGCUUGGUUGCACCCGACGCUCAUAUGAUAAGACCCGUAGGAGAACGGUAUCAAUGGGGUGAUUCACCAGGAGGAUGUUGGUAGCAAGAUACUUUUAUUAUCAUGAACUCAGGACCUCUGAGGAGAUGUGUUCUAGUUAUAUUCUAUCUACUGCUCAGGCCCAGAUGGUUGAAAUCGUUUUAAGAGCCUCUCUAAUUUGGUGAAUGAGUGUUAUUGAGUUGAAAGGGUUUCCUGAAAGAUUAGACAGCAAACGCUGGUGUCAGUGGUGUUAAUUGGUACUGUAAUCAAUUAAGAUGGUAACUAGGGAGUACAACGCCUUAUGAAAUGUUUCUAAAAAUGUUUUUUCUGGUAAUUUUUACUUGAUUGAUAGUGUUUUAAUCAUGUAAACUCAUGGCUUGGUUUUAGAAGCACAAUUUGACGGAGUGCCCAAUAUUUCGGUCUAGUUUAUUCAGACCCAACUGGCAGGAAAUCCUCAAAUAUCACCUCAGACAGUAUUUGUAUGGAUAAAGCGUUGGGAAAACAAAGUUUUCUCAGAAAUGUGAACUUUCUGUGCAGUGGACAAUAAAAUUGUUGACUAAUGAUAAAACGGAAUGAAAACUUUUGAUCCUGUUAUUUUUGUCUGUAUUUAAUUCUAAAGUAUACUGUAUUUUAUGACACAGGCCUCGUCACUAAUUGGUUUCUCAUAUUUCUAACCGCACUAGAUAUAUUCUUUGGGACAAAUGUUUACAAUCAUUAAAUAAAUUAUUCUGAAAAAAGGACCUUGGUUACAGUCUACAUAAAUGAGAAUUCUAAAAUCUCACAGAUGUCCACGAGGAGAGGGAGUACUGACGUCCACGAGUUUGAUGGGGUGUUCCUGGGACAUUGUGCACAGUAUAAGGUGACAUCCGUCAUUGGGCACGUUUUCAGGUAUUUUGUUUUAUGACACUAGACAGUUUCACUUUUUGCGGUGUUCUUUCUUAUGGCUUACUUGUUUAAUGUGAGCUUAUCUUCCAUCAUUAUGAAGCUUCGUUCCAUAGAUGUUGGGGUGGUUUAUGACUCGGAAGACAUGAACAAGAAGAAACCUAGUUUCAACACAUUUUUUUCUUGCUAUAAACCUGUUGUCGAUCCCUCAUUUGGUGGACAGGUCUGGACAGGACAUUGAGUUCGUAUAGCUGUUGUAAUAUCCAUCGGCUUUAAGUAUUUAAUCUAAAGAAGAUGUGAAAACCAUUAAAGCACAGUUUGAAUGAAGACUUAGAUAUAUCUAGGGUAAUGAUGGCCAAAAUGGGUGUAAAGGAGAGGAUAUAGGAGAUCCAAUUGCGAAUAUUUCCUUUUUCUCACAAAAUAUGUUAUCGUUGUGAAUAACCAUUGUGAAGAUGCAGAGUUAACAAUGAAGAUUGGGGUAUUGCUUAAGAAGCUCUCUAUACUUUGUUUUUUUCUUUUUAGUGUUGUUUCAGAUAACCAUGUGAUGCCCAAAUUUAGCAAUUCCUAUGGAUCAGGGAGCCUUCUUGAAGAAAAUUUGAUUUCAUAAUUCAAAGGAGGUCUGUAAAACUUUUAUUAGGCGUUCCAGAGUUCCAAGUGCUUGUCUGGACGAUUUCAGGUGGAGAUGAUGACAAUUUGCGAUUUGUCCAUACAGUUCGCCUCUUGCAAAUGUUUAAAGGCAACUAUAUCAUUUGUGGUUCUACAUAUCACAUAAGCAUGACAACAUCAUUAGUAAUGCUGCUUUUAUGCAAGGCAGAUGGGACUGCAGAGGUGGUAAAUUCCUAUCCAUGAGUCCCUCAUGCUGCAUUGUCAUUUUUGGAAGACUUACAGAAAGCUUCGUUCCAUUGCAAAUUUCAGAUGUAGCAUAGACAACAGAAUAACAUGGUGCUGUACUUUGAUCCGAAUAUCACUCUGAAUCGAUGUGAUGCAUCAAUUCUUGUUUGGGUAUCAAUACCGAUGAAAACAGACUGGAUGUGCAGCAGUUUUACUGAGGUCAGAUGGAUUUAUUAAUGAUAAUGAGGCAACCAUGGACAGCUGUCUUGAAGGGGGGAUCACUAUAUUGUUUCUAUGGACGAGAUAAAUAUAUUUACCAGAUAUGACCAGUUAUGGGGAUGAUGGAUAACAGCUGUAAUUUGAACUUCAGAAAUUGAAAUUUCUUAGAUUGUCAGUCUACCUUAGUUUCUGCCGAAAAAUAACAGUGAAAGAUAUCAGGAUGAUUGAAGAAUAUGGAGAUAAAACUGAAAAGGGUAUGUCGUGGUCAAUUAUUUUUUUAUAAUCUACCAAGCAGUUUGAUGCAGAGUUUACUGUUAGAACUUCGUUAGGGUAAUCAAAACUUCUAGUGGAAUGAUGUCUAAUGAAGUCUUAUAUCAUAAUUAGUUGCAUAUUCUAUGUUCUGCAAAGGAAGAUCACAUGCUAUCUUUCCUCUUCUGGAAUGUUUAUUAUGUGGCGUGGAAUGUUUUACUUCCCAGAUUUCAGGUUUGGAUCGGCAGAUGGAUUGUUUAUUAUCUUUCACAGAGAUAGAACUAUCUCUGUCCCUCUCCCUCUUCAACUGACUGACAGUCGAUCUUAUUAUUGACAACGAUGUAUGUCAUUUUGUGUGAGAGGGACAACACAAGAAAUCAAUGGAAUUUUGGAGAUUUAACCUACACUGGGGAUAGUAGUUGAAUGGUUUCAAUGAUUAAGACCGAAAUAAAAAGAAAGUGUUGUUUAGCUCGACUCUUACUACAAAUAUAUGACAUGUUGGUUGGGCUUCCUUUUCUGUCUAUUAAAGGUGAAUCCUUCCUUUAUAAAGACGACAAUGGGAUCUUUAUGGAAAAAAGGCCCAAAUUCUCAUCUUACGAAUGUAGCUACAAAAGCCCGAUGACCAUGUCCUCUUUACAUAUCUGACAAAAAGAGGACAAUUGUGCAGGGUGUUUAUGUACGUGGUGCCAAAUCCCUCCUAAAAGAAUUCAAUCUAUAGAAGAAAUUCCCUAUUUAUAUGUUAUUAAUAAAACUUACGGACAUAUGGGCUAUAUGUUCUCCACAAGCAGCCAAUGCAAAUCUUUUGCCUUCAGAACUUGGAUGGUGUUUGUGGUAAAUUGCCCUUGCUUUGAGGAUUUAAGGAGAAAAACUGUCAAGAUAAGUUCUCCGAAAUAUCACGGACGAUCUGCUACCGGAUUUUGAUGAUGAAAAUGGAGCGAUUUUGUGGAUGAUUAAGUUCUGUGUGUGAUUCGGACAUGUGUUAUGCCUGUUUUUUUUUAUGCUUAUAUACUUUACAAACAAACACCGUCUUCAACUCGGAUGCUCCUGUGGAUUUUCUUAUUUUUCCGUUAUAUGCUCAUCUGCAGUGUAGACUUUCCUCCUAAAUAUCAAAACUGGGAUGUGACAGAUCCUAUAGAUCUUUUUGAGGCCCCAGUUCUGAAAUCGGAAGCGAAUCCCAAGGUGCCGUUUCUUAUCCUGUACAAGCUUUGACUUCCUGCUCAUUUCUCUUGCUUUUUUUUUCUUAUUUUUACCAGCAUAUCAAAUUUUGUUUACCUAUUGUGAAUUGAAAUAAUUAUUCAUCGCUAAUGCAUAUGGCUUUUUUAGAAAAUUUGGUCCUUGCUACUCGUUUUUCUACAUUUUAUUCUUCGACUAUUAGUUGACGUGAAUUAAAUAAAAUAUCAAUUGCGUUGAUUGCAUGCUAGAGUUCUACUGGCAAGGCAUCACCAUUUCUUUUCUUCACACAUGAUAGGUGUUCUGCUCGAAAUACGCCAGCUAUGAUUCAAAUUUACUUAACUACAAUGGAUCACAGAGUCACCAAUGCUUGGCAAAGUGUUUAUCCAUUUCCUAGGUUUUAUUUUGCUGUCAUUAACAGCUGCGUUUUGGUUACAUUCAAAGUCAUUGAUAAGAAACUAGUAGUUAUCUUUUGGUUUAUGACCAUGACUCCUUCAAAGACAUUUACAAUGUGGUUGCGGUUGUGUGCUUCCUUCGGAAUGAUAGCUACCCUCCUAUAUGUUAUAUCGUGGAUAUCCUUUCAUUUAAUUAACGUUUUCAAAUUGUUGUUAGUAAAUUGUCUUGUUAUCUGGUAACUGAUUAACUGUGCGAUCUUUUAUGGGAUUCCUGUUUAUGACAGCUUUUGCAAUUUCUACAAUCCUUUGGUAGCAUUACGCUAGUGAUAAAUUUUUUAAGGUCGUUGAUAGACCAUGAUUCAUCAUGCGAAUACAUUUGCUCAAGAUUUCUGCCUCAGAAAGAAAAUAAUCUUAUGGUGUAUCUUUUCUUUAGCCAGAUGACUCCGAGCAUAGUAGCAAUUCAGUUUUCUUCUCCAUUGCUUGCUGAGACAAAACUAGAUUCCCUUCUAUUUGAGAACCUAUGCAUGAUCAGUUGACAGUAGAGGAUCCAUCUGAGUGCAUGCUGCUUGGAGCACCUUCUUAAGACCUUGGUCAAAGCUGCCUUGAGCAUGUGCGGCAUGGCUAACCUUGCCCAUCAGAUGACUGGUUCCUAAUGGAUUGGAACUGCAAUUAAGAGUGUAAUAAUGAAAGAACUGGCACCCACAUGAAAGUUUGUUAAUUAUCUUUCCAUGAGCUGUGUGGAGUUUGUCACCGAAGGGCCUGGGACUUUUAGGAACACUAAUCUAAAGGCGAAGAUUAGCUUUUUCUCUAUAAUACGGAAAGCUCAGAAUGAUUGGACUAGGAUGCUCAAAAUGUUUCGGCAAUAAUUCCAUUUUUUAAUGAUUUUUUUUCCCUGUCUAAUUAUUGGUGCUCAUUUUUAUUCGUCUAAUUGGAGUGGUAAACAUUACAUGCACCAAUUGUGUGACAUAUUUGUGCAUGAGAGUAGUCCCAGCUGAUCAGUAGCAAUGAAAACAAAUCAUGCACAGUGUUUCGGAAAUUGAAAAUGGGGAGAUAUUCAAUCAUGUUACAUGCAGAGUAGGCUCGCUCAAAAAAGUCAGAGAUGAGGUCAAACUGUUGCCAUGUUUUUAUUCUACUAUGAUGGUGCGGUUUAUUUUUUUAUCAGGUAAAAUAAAGAGAAGAAAAACUAAAAAUGGUAAUUUAUAUGGAUACUUCUGCUGAUUAUAAUGAUGUUAUGAGAGUUUGAAAGGUCGAGUUGUUAUGUGAACUUCAGUGUCCAGAAUCGGGUUGUUGCUGUGGGCCCAAUACAACAGCGAUAAUUUUGUAUUAUGUGGUAAAAAAGUUCUAUUUGCGUCUGGUAGUGGGUGGGGUGGUGGGGGUAAGGGACACUUGCCCAGUGAGACUGUAAAUCCCCACCUGCUGAAGCUUAGAAGAGAGUUUGUGGAGUAUGCAGUCCCUGUUCAAGAGAACAAACUGGAAAGGGUACUCCCCUUUCCCCUUCCCCUUCAACUGAUUUAACCUUGCCACUUUAAUAGUAUUCAUGCUUGAUUAGUGUUAGAUAUUGUAUAUUUUUAACUGUAGUUCAAUUCUCUCUAACCAAAACUCUAGUUCAAUCUUCUCUAUCCUUCUCUAUUUCUAUUAUCCAGCUUCUUUCUCCCCUCCUGCAUCUUUUUGGUGUAGAGAAUCUCCCUCCUUUUAAAAGAAAAGUAAUUUGGUAGAGUAAAUUCAUAUCUUUGGGGUAGCCUCAAUUUUGAUCUCCAAUCUCAAAUUGUCCGGUUGAAAAAUGUUGAUUUUAUUUCGUGAUUACUAGGAGAGGUUUUAAGUACGGAUAAUAUUGUCAUUGCAGACUUUUGGUUAGUUUACAGUAACGUUAUUCUUUCUCUUACAGGCUCACAUAUCCAGGCAUCUGCACCAAGAAGCUCGAGGGUGUGACUAUAUAGUUUUAUGGUUAGAUUGUGAUCGUGAAGGAGAGAACAUUUGUUACGAAGGUAAACUAUUGGUGCAAUUUUGGUGCGAUGGUCUUCAAUAUUUCCUGAAUGUUUUUCAUAGAUCCUUUUUUUACAGAGAAACACAGUUGCCCCCUUGCAAACCGUUGCUUCCCUCUUUUUAUUUUUUCAUUGCCAGAUUUCUGUAUGUACGCUGGGCGAUUUUGCAUUCGUAGUACUGGUCAUAUGCUUAUGCUCUUAUCUCUUAUCAAUCAUAAAUAUAGUUUCCUAUCCUGAAUUCAACCCUGUGUUAAGUUUUACUUCACCUUAAUUCGAACCCAUUCCUUCCCUGAAAACAAUAUAACAGCGAGCAUCGUGUUUCAUGUUACACAUUACUUUAUGGGGAAGGAAUAAGCCGAAAACGAUAGAGACGUGAAUAGAGAUAGAACGUGUCAAGUAUCCCACACAGUGCAGGAGCUGAAGAACGAUAAUGCAUUCUGUAUAGUGCUGAUCAGUCCAGGUUUUGUACCUCUAUGCUUUCUUAGUGGCUUGCGUCUGGGAAAUUAACCAGGGAGGAAAAGGCAUAUGGAGAAAUCAUGUUCAUUUCUGUAGAAGCAGGGAGGGGAGGUGUUAUGAAGCAUAGAAUUUUUGUUAAAAUGAUAUUACUUCACAUAAUCUGGGACUUUGAGCAGAGAACUGCAAUAUUAUUCCACUUAAAAUUGGUUGUUAGAAAAUACUUGAUAGAGUCCAUUCAAUGUCCUCUUUUUUUCCAACUGUUGUACCAUCCUAACGUUCGUUUCUGCAGAAAAGCAUAUUUAUGUGGUAUCUAUUUCUAAUAUUCAGUAAUAUUUUGGUGUAAAACCAGGCGAAGGAUCUUCAAAACUAAGAUCAAUGGCCCAGGGAUUUGUCUUUAUUGGAUAUAGGAGUGUGAAGUGGUGAACUUUCUUGUUCCAGUUUUUAUUACUAGUAUUCCUACGCUGGACAACUUUCAUGUCAGUUUAUCAAAAUAAUUUUGUAGAUCAAUUAGUCGCAGAAAUACUUGUACAGCGGGAGAUAUACCAGAUAACCAAUAAUGGGUGAGGAUUUCCUAUGUUUCUCGGAAAAUGAGAGUCAUAAGUUUAUUAUUAUUGGUUAAAUCAGUACUGUUUGUAUUGUAUUGGUUGUAUGGAAUGAUAUGGGUUUGCUCAAAGAGGUUAGGCGUUAAAUAUCAUUUUUCUUGGUGAUAAUUAUAGAUUGAAAUUGGUGACAGUGUUUCUUGUUGUCCAGUUUUUAAUGUUAGUGUUUUGUUUCUUUGACAAUGUAUUCGGGUGAAAUCUCUGACUAGUAAUUGAAUUUCAUAUUUAUAGGCUUUAGGAAGCCCUUUGAUCAUGAGAUUUCGAGGGUAUUGCUUCAUAUUCUGCUGAAUGCCAUUGUCAUUCGGAAUUGAUUUAUUAUCUUCUGGUUCAUUGGUCUAGAUUCGAUUUUUCAUCCUCUGGUUCAUCAUUCUAUCAAUUUUUAAGUUGUCAAAAAGGAUUUUCUUGGGACCCAAUUCUCUUACUUGCCACUAAUCACUAGCAUAAUAUUAUGCGCGUAUUUGUCACUGUGCAACGUCAUACCUUAAUAUUCGAUCAAAUUAAGUUGAAUCUAGUGUUUCAUAGCUAUCAGAUUAUUUUGUUAGUAUUUCAUAGGCAGAAUAUUUUAUGGUGACAAACUUUCUUUUUUCUCUAUGAGAAAAUUUUGUUGGAUUUAUAAAAGUGAUUAAUACAUUGGACAAUGUUCGCUGUCCAGUUAUUGAGUGCAUUGGAGUACAUGAAUCUGAGGUAGGGAAAAAAAUUUAUCGUGCUCGAUUUUCUUCUGUCACUGAGAAAGACAUAUUGAAGGCCAUGAACAACCUUGUUGAGCCCAACAAAGAUGAAGCUUUAGCUGUAGAUGCACGACAAGAGAUAGAUUUGAAAGUUGGAGUGGCAUUUACCCGGUUUCAGACACGUUAUUUUCAAGGGAAAUAUGGCAACCUUGAUUCCAGAGUAAUCUCGUAAAGCUCUCAUAUCUUCUCUGACAGACAUGUUCGAUCAACAUCUUUUCAUGUUUAUUACAUCUCUGACUGCUGUUCUAUUUCUUCAGCUAUGGCCCUUGCCAAACGCCUACUCUUGGAUUUUGUGUGCAACGUUACUUGCAAAUUACAACAUUUAAGCCAGAAAAAUUCUGGUCUUUGCAUCUUUAUAUUAUGAAAGAUUCAUAUGAGCUCCAACUGGAAUGGGAACGCAAAAAAAUAUUUGAUUUUGAUGUGAGCUCCUUUACGGCUUGAAUUUUAGCUUAUUUUUUCAAAUACAUACUCUUCGUUUAUGAAAAAUCUGUAUGCUUCUUUUUGUCGUCACUUCUAGGUUGCCGUGAUGUUUCAAAAGAUGGUUGUCAAUGAUGGGACUCUGAAAGUGACUAAUGUUUCAACAACUGAGGAGUGCAAAACUCGCCCUUGUGGCCUUAACACGGUCAACUUGUUGAAGGUUUGCAUCAAAACAAUUUCUUUACUAUUGUUCUGUUUCUCUGGAAGAUAAUUAUAUUUUAUUUGAGUUAUUUAUUUAUUACGUCAAAGAACGACAACAGCAGCCCUAAAAUUUUACUGAAGCAUCUUAUGUCUCAAAAAAAUCACAUUGUCUUCUAGAUUUCGUGAUGAUAAGUGUUGAAAUACUGUCCCUUAGUGUAUCGUGUCUUUCAUUUUAGUGAAACACGUGCCUGUCUUAUUGUGUCUCGUACUGUAAGGUUCAUAGGUCUAGAACCUUCCUCGUGGAUCUGUUAUAAAUAACAGACCCCUGUCAUGAUUGUAAACUGAAUAGAAUUUCUCCCUUAUUCGAAUUUAAGCCUCUUCCAUUUUGAACGAGCAGAUUCUCUCUCUCAAAGAUUCAAAGAGACAAUAAGUAAAAAAUAUCAUGCAUCAUAUAUUUGCAUCUAUUACUCUUGUUAUUAUAACUAGUAAUCUCAUCAUGCGGGUGAGGUCAAUUGCACAUAUAGGCUCCUGUUUAGCCUCGUUUUUUUUAGAUAACUGAUACAGCCAACCCUGUCAUUGUAUGCAACGCUCACUUGCUAUAUAAUAUGGUCUCUAGAGCAAUGUACAAUAACUUCAUGUGUCAGAACAUGAGAUCAUUUUUCUACCGAUAGUGUUGUCUGGUCGAUUUAAAGGAUGGAAUUUUAAGUGCUGCAAUUUUACCUUUUUUUCAUGUCAACUUAUGAUUGUAUUAAAAGAAUGAUGUUAGCUAUAUAGCUGAUUUUGGGUAUUCUAUGAUUCAGGUUGCCUCAAGUGCAUUGGGCUUAGGUCCUCAAGUUGCAAUGCAAGUGGCAGAACGACUGUACACUCAAGGGUUCAUCAGGUUUUUAUUUUCACAUGUUUUUGUCCUCUAAAGAUUGAAGUCAUUGCUUCCUACGGUUUAACAGACUUGAGCUAUUUGUACACUGUCGUGAAUAUUUGAAAAUGUCUCUAAGACAAUUUCGUUUAAUAAAAUUACUCCUUUUGAUAAUAUCUAAACUACACUUCUGCUGGUAUUUAGUAGAUAACAUCAAAAAAUUAUAUGACACCUUUGCCAUCAAGCUUAAAUGUGGUCAGAAACUUGAUGCUUGCUAGAAUUAAAGCCAAUAGAGUCAACAAUGUUUGUCAGUUCACUAUAUUCAUCAUUUAUUGCCUGGAAUCAUUUCACAUAUUUAUCUUAGACUAUGUAGCAUCACCUAAUCUUACACUGUUUUGAUGACUGUAUACCAUGUUUCCAUCCACCUCUGUUGCCUGAGACAAGUAAUAAGGUGGUCAUCAGUGCCUAUGCUCUAAGGGCUUAUGAGUCGAUAGAUUUGCUGAAUUUACAUAUAUCUAGGGGACUUCUUGAGUUUUGAUUUAUGUCCAUUCUACAUAUAUCUAGUUAUGUUCAUCAAUGAGCUAGGGGGGUUAUUGAUUUACCCUAUGAUGACUGUUAUGUCUGCAUGACCCUUUAUGGGAAUGAUACUCUAUCCCGUGGGAUUUUGUGAGGUAGAAUUUCUCUCAAUGCGACUUUCAUAGACUCAAUAGUAUGAGGAAGGCAUCUUGAGAAGAGAAUUAGAAGAAUUUGUGCAAAAUCUUAAAUAUAUUUUGUUGCCUCAUGAGAUAGGGUUGUGUCCAAUUACUCCACCAUGUGAUUCUUUUAACCGUCAUAAUGAAUAUUUCAAUUGGACGAAGCCUCGUUUUACCUCAGCCGGAUUCUAUUUUCGUUCCUAGGCACGUCUUGGACACGAGGAGAUCCAACAAGAUGUGAUUUUCUUUCUGCGCAGCUCAAGGUAGAUAGCUCUGGUUCAACAGCAUUCUCUUUGCUGAAGUGGACAUAGACAUGAUUAUGAUAACUUGCAUCAUUGGGGAUUUCACUCUUGAAAAAAUCAUUGCAUCAUUCGUCUCUCUAGCAGCUGGAUGAUACGAGACAGAUUAGGGUAACUGGCCAACUCAAGAUGGGUAGUCUCCUGACCUCACAAUCUUUGAUGAAAAAAAGCUUGUCCCAUGAUUUCGUUCAUCCAUUCAUUUAUUGGCUUACCAAAUAACUACAUCUGAUGGGAAUCUUCUCUAUCAGCUGAGAUAAUAUGAACGAAUUAAAGUAGCUUCAAAGACUGGGUGAAUCUUUUUUAUUGAAAGGGAAACUGAACAAACGCCACCUUUACAUAGAUUCUCUCCCUGACAGGUGAAAAUGUAUUCACGCAUUGCUAGACUCUGUCAUCAAUUAAGGCAUUAACCUUUAGUGAUUUAUCUGUACUAAAUCUAAAUCCUUCAUGAUAGUCCGAAGACUCCAGUGUUUUUAUAAUCAUCUAACUUUUGCCUUCAUUAAUUUUGUUUCCAAUUUUGCUUUUACAUUGAGUAGCUCUUUCCUGGUGCCACUGUAAUAUAUCGUAUACUCGUUCAAUUUUUGUAGUGAACUAUGUUUGAAGAUAAACAGGUCCACCACGUUGUCUGUAGUUCUUUAUAUUACUACACUCUUCUGGAUGUCAAAAAUUAUGCACCAUACUGUCAUCAUUCCCCAAAGCAAAUUUACAAUACUUCUUUCUGUUAAUUCGUGUUCCUCUCGAUAUGUUCUCUUUCUAAUGUUAAACUUUUGUCUCUUUCCUUUUCAUUAGUUAUCCCCGUACAGAGAGCACUGCCUACCCUGCCUCAUUUGAUUUCCAAGGCACUGUUGAAGCGUUACAAUAUAAUCCUGCAUUGAGAGAAUAUGUGCAAGCAUUGUUAGUGAAUGGUUUCCAGAAGCCACGGAUGGGAUCUGAUGCAGGUGAUCACCCUCCUAUUACUCCUAUGAAAUCAGCCAGUGAAGACAUGUUAGGAAAUGAUGCCUGGCGAUUGUACAUGUACAUUUGUCAACAUUUUAUUGGGAGUAUCAGUCAUGAUUGCAAGUACACAAGGUCAAAAACUUUACUCCUUUUCAAGAAUUACCUACUAUGUUUCUUCAUGAUGUGUUCAGAAAUCCUUAAUUGCUUGAUACCAUACGAUUCCUAAACUCUUGGAGUGCAUUGGUAACAUUCUCCUAUUUAGUCAUGUGGUGAACUACCAUACUGAUUUUGUUUGUCAUUAUGCUUAAAGCAACCUUGGUAAACUGAUUGAGUAGGAUAAAACGACAACAAGAAGAUGAUCGAAAGCUAAUCCCUGUGAUUAAAUCAAUCCUGAAAAAAUUUGAAUGUGGUGCCUUCAAGGUACAGAAAUUCUGGAUAGAUAAAUCUUGCAAAGCCAAAUAUUUUAGCUGAUUGACAAGUUCUUCCAGAGUUUAUAUGAAAUUUCCUGUUUAACUGACCCAGCUUCUCAGACUCUUCGUUUUUAUGCUUCAAACUUUAUAAAGAUACCUUAUGAUUUUUAAUGCGGCUUUUUAGAGAAACUGAUUGAGUUGACAGAUGGAGAAAACUUAUUCUGUGAUAUCCAUUGGCAGAAACGGAUUUUUUUAAAAUUUGUGAGUGGAAAAUGAAAACAAAGGCCACGAAUUAUUAAUACAGCACCUUGAAAAGUUAAUUAUGUAUAGUUUUGAUCAUUAAAAGGAUCCACGCUUAUAAAUUUUCUUUGUGAUAUUGCAUUAUAUUUAAAGUUUGAAGGAAUACUUCUGGGGAUACUGUGGCUUAAUUGAUGGGACUUUGGUGUUGCACGUUUAAUGAUAUCUGUGGGGAAGAAUGUACAAAUAGGAGUUUGGUUCUUAGUUGGACUGUUUCUUACUUUGUCGGUUUUUUUGUUGUUUGGUUAUUUCCUUGUUGUGGCCAUGGUACCUAUACAUAACAGUUGGCUAUGCUGUGGAUAUGAAUUCAGUUUCUUCUCUGCAUAUCCUCCUAGGGUUUAUGCCACUGUUCACGACAAUAUCAAACAUGCUUAUGGCCCACAAAGAGACUGGGAUAAUGAAAAUGAUUACUUUACUGGUGGAUGUUUAAGAUUUACAUACUAGCUUUGGUCUACUAUUACGGUGUUGGCAUUGUGUAAGUUUGCUUUAUAUAGCGUUUUAAAGAACUUAGCUGAGCCAUAGAUGUUCAUUCAUUUAAUCGUUUGUGUAAUCUACCUCCCGCUAUAAUUAUUCUUGCUCCAACCAUAUCAUAGCUGAUCGCUGGACUUGUUUGACCUAUUUUCAUUCUAAAUGGAUUACAAUUGUCCUUGACCCAACAUGUUAUUUCCACGAACCUGAAUGAAAGGAAUGGGAACAAGCGACUAUGGAUUAGAGUUCGUUUGUUUUAGUUUGUAUUAUGAGCUGCAUUUUUAUGCGUGGUCCUCUAAUAUAUGAUGUGGCUGUGAAUAUGCACAUAGUGCCUGUAGAAGGAAAUUAAUAUAAGUUUUCUAUCUGUCCAGUUCAGCCCUAGUUUUAGCACUUAUGUUUUUUUAGAAUUAUAUGUCUAGCACCAUAGAUAUAUAAUCGCAGACUGAUGUUGGGUAUGAUUGUGAUAGAGUAGAUACCGUAACUAGAAAUAACAGUCGAAUUUUCAGAAGUGUCUUAGCAGAACGUAUGAUCACUUGUGUGUGCACUGAGAUCGUUGGCCUUCGAGUUUUUUUCAAAUAGAGGGGAUUGCGGAAAUCAGCGUCUUUCAUUUUGAUUGGUAUCACUAUAUUAUUUCGCCAUUUUGGUACAGACUAACGAUUUUCUUCCAAACCACGUUUGUAGAUCUUUCUUUGACCAUUUACACUUCCAUCCUUUUCUUUCUGAACUUUAAUAUCUUCUUUCAGAAAAAGUAAACGAGAUUGUAUGUCAUUUCAUGGGCAGGGAAGGGAUUGUGAUGUUCAAAUUGUCAAUAUCUAAAGAAAUUGUGUGCAUUAUUGAAUUUCGACCUAGUAGUGUCAUUCUUUUGCAUGAAUGCAUUUAAUUUAAAUAAUGUUACAUUAUUUUUUUUAAUUUCCAUUACAGGACAAAAGUAGAAUUUGAAUCAGGAGCUGAGCUGUUCUGCGUUGUUGGACAGCAUGUUACAUGCAAAGGAUUUACGUCUAUCAUGCCAUGGAUGGCAGUAAAUGAGAAAAAACUUCCUCAAUUCCUACGUGGGGAGAGAAUCAAAAUGAUGAAGGUUGACAUAUAUGAGGUAGGAAACUAUGACAUUUUUUAUUGGUUGGCUUUCUACGAAUGAUUUAGACUAUGACAAUUUCAAGGAAAUAAUGAAUUUGUUCAUUCUUCAUGAAUAAUUUAAUACCUUGUGUUUAUUCAAAUAAUUAUUUCAUCAUAUUCAUUUUUACAAAGUAGCUUUUUGAUAGACUUUGUUGAUUUCAGGGUAACACCACACCCCCAGAUUAUCUCAGUGAGAGUGAGCUUAUUUCUCUUAUGGAAAAGCAUGGAAUUGGCACAGAUGCAUCUAUCUCUGUCCACAUAAACAACAUAUGCGAACGGAACUAUGUGCAGGUCCUCAUUUUUUGUUUGGAGAUUACUCUAAUUUAUAUGAAUUAUUUUAUUGUUGUACAAUGGGUGAUUAUCCUUCUAUUGGUGAAUUUCUGAAGGCUGCAUUUUGGAUCUGAGUGUCGGUAUAUGUUUCUUGGUUUACUUAAGUCAUAAAUGGUAUGAUAAAAUGAGUGAACUUUUUUCCCCAGACAGGCGAAUGAUUACAUUGAUCCUAAUGCACCUAUGGAGAAGUUACUCAUUGUCAGUACAAAAUUACGACUAGGAAGUUCUUCCCAAUGCACGAUUUGUAUUCUAGCAUUUAUCUUACUACUUUCCAAGGCUUAUGUGUUUUUAUUUUAUUUUAAAGGUCAAUGCUGGGAGGAGGUUGGUUCCAACUGCUCUUGGAACUGCCCUGAUAAGAGGGUAUCAAUGUAUUGAUCCGGAUCUAUGUUUGCCAGACAUCCGCAGUUUUAUCGAGCAACAGAUCACCCUAAUUGCCAAAGGGAAAGUGAAUCAUGCGUGGGUUGUACGACAUGCUCUGCAACAAUUUAUGCAAAAGUACUCGUAUUUUGUCAAACAGGUAUCUCUAUAGCUCAAAUGGGAGUAAGGCUUAAUGAGAAUGCUGGCAUGUCAGAAUUCUGUCUGGAUAGUUGCUGUAUCUGACUUUUUUAAUGAUUCACAGGUUUCAAAAUUAUAUCUUCGGAAAUAAUUAAUUAUUUCAAUUAGAACUCACAAAAUUGCUUGUUUUCCUUUUCAUCUGUAAGUUUUUUUAUUCCCUUUUUCAAUUUUCCAUCGUAGAUUCUUGUAUUAAACACCUUUUAUAGAUGUUUUUUUUUCCUUCUUUGCUGUGAUGACAAUUAGAUUACUUUUAGUUCACAGAUAUGAAUAGUCUUAACUGGAGCUAGCAGAAAGCUUUCUGUUGUUCAAAGACUCUCAGAAAAUUUGGCAGUGAUCUUCUAGUGAUGAUGUGACUGUUUCUGAGGUUUUGGGAUGCGCUGGGAAAAUCCAUGCUUGUUGAGUUAAAGUGAAGCCGAUGGCUGGAUAGAAGCUUUUAUGAAGGAAACGAAAGUGAAGAACCAGGAGAAGAAAAUCGAGAUGGAAAAGGCUGUGAAUUUUUUUUCUACGAAAGAUUCUCCUCAGAGAAAUUUAUUAUCUGGAACGAAAAUUUCUAAGACAGAUUCUAGGGAAUGGUGAAGGAUUGAGGGCCGGAGGUUUCUGGCUUGUGAUUUGCAGAUUUCAAAAAUAGGAAAAGAAAAAAAAAAGCAUCUGGAGAAGCCUCCUACCUCCUAUCUCUACCUAUUUCUUGCGACAUAAAUCUAAAGUUUAAGAUAGAGGAGGGCGUCUUGAAAACAUGAAACCGUGUCCUAAUCAGCCCCUAUUGCUCAAGGGAAAAUAUAAUUUUCUGCAAGUUCCUAUUAAAAAAAAUCCUAUGAUUCAUUCAUUUUGCAAAGUUUUUAGAACGCUUUAUGGUUUUGAUCGAGGCGGUUAUUUUCCUUCCAUAUUUUGGGGUCUGAUCCUGGCUCUGCAGGCUUUGCAAAUAUCUUGCGGCUAGAACUGUUUAGAUGUUUUUUGCACCUUCCAUUCACCAGCCAAUGAAUGUUACACAUUUCGGGUAGAGGUGGACCCAGGAAUGUUGCUUACCUUUAUUGUUCAGCAAAUAAUUACACCAUGGUUCUGGGCGCAUAGAGCAGGUACGAUAGGGAUCAAAACACUUACAGAAGUUUCUUAAUGACUGGAACAAAGAGAAGUCUGUGGACAUGGGUUUAAAAAUUCUGUUUAGGGUUUAAAAACCUGGUUCAAAAGAUAGUGCCUUUUGCCGAAGUCAGAGGUGGAUUGUUUUGGUGGAACGAAGGACACUACGUUUGAACCAAGUUGUCGACACUACUUCUGUCAAUGUAGAGAGCGGCACGAUAACCAUUUCUUAGUGUUGUGGUAAACUUGUAUAUUAAUGGUAGUGGCGAAGUAUUUGAUUGUGUUUUACAAAAAGGAAUAGUCAUGUUCUUUGUAUAUACGUCUUAAAUUAUUCAUAAGCAUCAUCAAGUAAACUUGCUUUGAAAUAUAACCAGCAUGUUAUAAACUGUUGAUUCUAAUUGGCCAUAUUUUUCUUCUUUUAGUUCAUAAUUUUUCAUUAAGAUCUUUGCUACGUGAUACGUCUUAGAUUCUUCUUCGCACGCAUCAUCAAGUAAAUUUUCUUUGAAAUAUAACCGGCAUGGUAUAAAAUAUUGAUUAUUAUAGGCCAUAUUCUUCUUCUUUUAGGUCAUAGUUUUUCAUUAAGAUCUUAGCUAUGUGAUACGCCUUAAAUUCUUCUUCACAGGCAUCAUCAAGUAAACUUGCUUUGAAAUAUAACCAACACAGUAUAAAAUAUUGAUUCUCAUAGGCCAUAGAAAAAUAUGGCCUAUUUUUCUUCUUUUAGGUCGUAGUUUUUCAUUAAGAUUUUAGCUGUGUAAGCCACGUUUUUGCCCAUGUAAUAUAGGUAACAAGUCAUCAAUAUGUACACGUUGGUCGAAUUCAGAAGUUUUCUUUAUUAAAUAGAUGUUAUGCAUAGUUUUGUUUAACAAAAAAGAAAACAGAAAGCAUGUAAAAUGUCGUCAUUUUUCUUUGAAGAUAUUUCUACAUGCUGCUCAUGUUCGAGAUGUCUAAAAACUUUUAAGAUCACUUUUGCGUUGGCUUUGUUGCACAGUGCCGAAUAUAUCCAUCUCCAUUCCCCUUGCUUAGCAUAGAGUUCCCACAAAAAGAAAAAAUAUAUCCUGAGGGUUUACAUAAAAACGAUAAAAUUCGUAAUCAUCUAAAGACAAUCUCUGGAUCAAAAUUCUGAGCCAGAGAUUUUCUCAAUCUCUUUUCUUUCUCUCUCGUAGGAGCUUCAUCUUGUUGCGCUCUACUCACAGAGUCUGCCAAGCAACAGCACUCUUGAACUGUCCUGGGCACCCUUCUAUUUAAUUUCUUCAGGUUCUUCUAGUACAAUGAAGUCGACAUGUUCUGCAGCCUGAUUACAAUCGUAAAUACGUGCCAAUUUACUUGCCUCGCCUCUUCAAAAAAAAAUAUCAGAAUUGUUUCUUUAGAUAUGUUAUCUCUCUUCUCACUGAUCUCCUGUCAGAUGUCUGCCCAUUUUAUGUAAAAGCGGAGUUGGAUUUUUAUGAAAUACUUGCUCCACCAAAAUCCCAUAUAUUUUCUUCUCAGUUGUGAAAGCUUCCAUCCGAAUCUCUGAGCCUGGCUUUCUCUCUCUUUCCCAGAUUGAGCGAAUGGAUGCCCUGUUUGAGGCACAGUUCUCACCUUUGGCAGACACAGGCCGUCUACUGAGCAAGUGCGGUAAGUGCACUCAUUACAUGAAGUACAUCUCCUCUCGCCCAUCGCGGUUGUAUUGCGUCACCUGCGAAGAGGUCUACAGUCUUCCCCAGAACGGAAGUAUCAAGGUAAUUCUUCUUACCCAUUUUAAGCCGCCAUUUUUAGGAUCUGUUCUGAUGUUCUAUCUUGCGUGUUCAUGUGAAUCAACAUCUUCUGGGUUUUUGAGUUCUUGGUCCGUGAUGCUGCUGCGUUUUUCCCUUUUUGGAUAAUAAUCGCCUCCUUCCCAAUGAAAGCUGAUUCAGUCACCUUUCAAAACCCCAUUUCAUUACUAUAUAUAUGUGUGUGUACGUGUUUGGGGGACUUCUAAUGGCCAAAAGCGCGGAGAACCCGGUUGAGGUCCAUGCCAGCUGGAUGAUAUCUGAUUCUCUGCUUCCUCCUUCACCAGCUCUACAAGGAGCUGGCCUGCCCUCUGGACGGCUUCGAGCUUCUCCUCUUCUCCACCGGCGGCCCCGAGGGCAAGUCCUUCCCGCUCUGCCCCUACUGCUACAACAGCCCCCCCUUCGAAGGGAUCGAAAAGCUCCUCCCCGGAAGCUCCGCCAAGCCGGGCAUGCCCUGCUCCCUCUGCCCGCACCCAACGUGCCGCCACUCGCUCAUCUCCCAGGGCGUCUGCGCCUGCCCGGAGUGCGGUGGCGGCGGAGGAGGAACGCUCGUCCUCGACCCGGUAAGCGCCCCCAAGUGGAAGCUCUGCUGCAACAUCUGCAACUGUCUCGUCCUCCUCCCGCAGGGCGCCCACCGCAUCUCCACGACGGGGAAGAGGUGCCCCGAUUGCGACUCCGCCGUGCUCGAAGUGGACUUCAACAAGAAGACGACGCCGCUCGCGGGCGGCGCCACCCUGCACGCCGGCUGCAUCCUGUGCGACGAACUCCUGCACUCCCUCGUGGAGAUGAAGCACGGCAGGUCCAUGUUCAGGCGCGGCAGAGGGAGGGGCAGAGGGAGGAGGCCCGGCGGAGGGAGAGGCCGUGGAGGAGACCCCAAGAUGAGCUUCCGCGACUUUUAG